ACCGUGCACGGGCACUCCUUUGCGCGCCGCUUCCAAACAAUGCCACUGCAGUACCGUCUCAUGGUAUCAGAGUUUGCAUGGGAGCCUUUUAGUGUUCAACCACAGCCCAGGCACCUUCAUACAAAGCCUUCGUUUCUUUCCAGACCCAACACCCUGAUCCCGGAAUCCACGGCGCCUCCGGCUUGUGGUGGGGAAUGCCGUCUCCGACCCACAUCCGGUCUCGACCAGCACAGCAGCCGAAUGAGCCUUGGUGUUGUGUCUUCUGGCAGAUGCCCAAGUGCAAUAAUACCCUCGUCAAUCCUGACUCUGAGCAAUCCCAAACGUCUCCCCCUUCGGUUCAAGCCGAUCCCUGGAAUUGAACUGUUUCGCAGACAUCAGUUACUCAUCAUUCUUCGCCCGAGCCUGGCUGCCACGUGCCGUAUUACUGUCUUGCUCCUCCCUUUGGCCAGGCCGACAUCCGCCACAGAUAGUUGUCCUUCUCGGGUCUCUCUUUGAUGUUUCCUGGAAAAAGGCUUCCUCUGUCUUGUCGAGCGGCCACUUGGAGCUUGCCGCUUGAAAAUGAGGCUAAAGCUAAACCUAUCAAGUCUGGCACAAGAGCACUGCCAAAGGAAUGCACCCCGGCAGACUUUUGCUAGCCAGCUCGGCACCCUUGCGAUGGC